AUGGCAUAUCGAGACGAUGUGAUUGUGUUUGGAACAACGAAAGAAGGAUACGAUAACAAUUUCAAGAAACUUUUUGAACGAUUCAUGCAGAAAAAUGUGCGCAUCAAACCAUCUAAGUGCAUGUUUGAAGUGAUGCAGUUGGAGUUCCUGGGAUUCAAUGUCUGUUCCAAAAGAUAUCGACCGGAUCCCAACCGAUUCCAACCUCGGGUGAAUAUCGAAUCCCCAAAAGAUCAAAAUCAUCCACGAUAA